UGCUCUUGGUGUUCUUUGUAGUAGUGUCCUUGGUAGUACUCUUGAUGGUACCUUUUGUGGUAAUGCUCUUGGUAACAUUUUUAGUGGUACUCUUAGUGGUAUUCUUGAUAGUAACCUUAGUGCCCUUUGUGGUAGUGCCCUUUGUGGUGGUACUCUUGAUAGCACCCUUGAUAGUAUUCUUAGUAGUAUUCUUGGUAGUAUUUCUGGUGAUGGUUUCUUUGGUAACGCCCUUGAUGAUAUUCUUGAUAAU